UCAGACCUUGACAACCUCCUGUUUUAAGCAGACAAGUCUUAACAGGGCACCACAUAUAAUUUGGAAGAAUGAGUUAGAGCUUGUCUACAUGGAGAAGUUAUUCCAUAAAAAGACUUUAAAAAAUUCGAAAAGUCUUUGCUCCCUUGAUUAUGAAGAAGAUGACGACGAUGACGACACACAAAUGAAGACAAUUGUGUCAUCCCCAUGUGAUUCACAUGACUUUAUGAACAUCACCACCCCUGGUUCCAGUCCAGUGAAAGAGCAACUGGAUGAAAUAAGGCAUCAUGGGCCAUGCCAAGUUGCCUUCAGUGUAAGGGAUUAUAAGAAGGCAGCUGCAGUGUGUGAAAGUGACGAGGACACAAGUGAUUGUGACAGCACUGAAGAGGGUAUCUUUCCGCUAGACUGCGGGGACUUGGAUCUAGAGCAGAUUGAAAACAACUGAGGCUCAAAGUUGUGUACUAGAAUCAGAGUUGUUCUAAAUUAAAAUGAUUAGUGGAUUACCUUUGCAAUGCAUAAUCCAUGUCCCUGAAUCUCUGUAUUGCCUAUCUUGGGCCUGUGUUAGAAGAAAUGUUUCAGGUGGGGGAAAAAAGAACCAUUGUUACCUGUUUAUAGUCUAUUGAUCAGUAUAUGAACAACAGCAAAAGACAACUGGAGGCUAAAUGUUAUUUUGAACAUUAAGAAGUAACUUUGAUUACAAAUUUCCUAACAGAUAUUUUGCAUUUUUAUGGCUUUUACAGUUCUGGAGAAAGCAUCUCUAUUUUGAAAUGAGUUUUCAGAAGGGCAUUCUAUAAAACAAAAUCUGUCUACAGUGAUUCUGGUGCGGGUCUACGUUCCAUUUGUUAAAGAGCUUAAUGUGAAAAGUGAGUUGCAUAAUUAAAUUGGUAAUAAACCAUUGGAUAUCUGAAGAUCUGAACGCUUAAGUAUCUGGUUGACAACAGGUCCAAAAUACUUAACUGUCUCCUUAUACAGUGAGUGGUUAUAAAACUUCAUAACAUGUACAAAUGGGUUUUCAUAAUUUCAAGACUUUUUGAUCAAAAUGUAGUAGUGACCUUAAAGGUUAACACGUUCCAUGAUUUUACUACUUGAAUUGUUUUCCAGCCAGAAGCAAUGCUAAUUUAGGUGGGAUGAAACUGCAAGUAGCUGCCCACCUUCUUGGUCAUUAUUAUGUUUUCUGUGGUUCAAAAGAAUGUACAAGAGCACUUGAACUUUUAAACAGGGACUUUGUAAUGAUCAAUUCCCCAGGAGGUGAUCCCUUCAGCAAUACUAGAAGGAAACUAGUCCUUGAAUUAAAUAAAAUGACAUUUUG